UAAAUGCUGCUUUGCCACUCUGUUUACAAUUUUGCGCAAAAACGGACGAUGUAUUGAAAUAUAUAUUUAGAAAAUUAUAUAUAGCUGUAUUAUUAUAUAGCUUUGUAUAGUAUACUUUUAGUUGUUAGCAACUUACUAUAACACAGCAUGUAGCAAAUAUGUCCAAAUAAAUUCGAAGUACAAGUGUAUUACGGUGUUUAUGCAACUUCAGAGUGUUGACUUUUAUGUAACCGGCGAGUAAAUUCAUAUUUCACGGACGCGUUUUCAUCUAAAUAUAUUUAAAGGCUUUGGUAACAUGGCAACGCUUACUCGCAAACUAUUACCUCUUUUAAGAAACGCGCUUUCAAAUCAAACGCGCCUCGCAUACGCACAUACAGGGUCAAUGAGGGCUGUUCGAGCAUUCACAUGCUCCGCAAGCCUGUUACAACUACAGAAUGAGCAUGGGACAAAUGUCCAUGUUUUGACUGGGAAAGUGGACAGAUUCGGCGGAGUGACAGUGAACCUCGGUGACAGUGAUUUCCCGUCGGAUAUCAGCGAAGGAGUAUUUAGUAGUCUACUGCGAGACUCUUUGGCUCAGUGGAGGACAGAGGGCCGGGUGGCUGUCUGGCUUCAUGUGCCCAUCUCUUUGAGCCGCUGUGCCGCAGCAGCUUCUGCUCAUGGCUUCACCUACCAUCAUGCCAAACAGGACCAAGCCAUUCUGGCUCUGUGGCUGGGAGAUGGGCAGAGCAGGCUGCCUGGGUUUGCUACUCAUCAGAUUGGAGUGGCAGGUGCAGUCGUUGAUGAGUCAAAUGGAAAGGUUCUCGUCGUUCAAGACAAAAACAAGACAGUAAAUGCAUGGAAGUUCCCUGGAGGGCUCUCGGAUCCAGGAGAAAACGUUGGCACCACUGCGGUCCGAGAGGUCUUUGAGGAGACUGGAGUCCGCUCUGAGUUCAAGUCCCUUCUGAGCAUCCGGCAGCAGCACAACCACCCGGGUGCUUUUGGCAUGUCCGACAUGUACAUCAUCUGCCGCCUCAGCCCUCUCACUCAUGACAUCAACUUCUGCACCCAGGAGUGCCUGCGCUGCGAGUGGCUGGAGCUAACCGAGCUAGCCAAGACACGCGCCACAACACCCAUCACUAGCCGUCUAGCCAGCCUCCUGCUUCACGGCCUAAACCAGGGCUUUGACAAGAUUGAUCUGGCUAUGGAGGAGCUGCCAGCUGUCUACUCAGGGAGGUUCUACCAACUGUACCACAAGGAGCUGCCGCAGGUGCUAAAACACAAGGCCUGAGGACAGGGUUCCGGCCUUGCCUAGCACAACGAUGCUAAUUGCACUAGCACGUCAGUGCUUGUCAUAUUAGCGUGUGGAUGGUGUUUUACCAUAAUACUUGGAAGUGUAUAUUUAUGGCAGACUGGAAUAUGUUUUUAUAAUCUGUUACUAGGGAAGGAGGGUGUAGCAAAUGGUACCGAUGAUCACUGUAAAGGACAUUUUGCACAAAUCACAAGAUGUUCCUCGUCUGUAAAAAAAAUCGAAUAAAAAUACACAAUUUGAAGAAAUUGGCAACUCUGUUUGGGAAGAACCUCAGGGCCACUAAGUUCUAAAAUCAAACAACUAAUUUAUAGAGAGGUAAAAUAUGUACUUGGUCUACUGUUUGUCUUGCAAUGAGUUUAGUGAAAUGGUGUGCUUGAUUUAGCUUUGCCAACCCAAUGUUCUAUUUGAAGGUUUUAUCAAGUAAAGUUCUGGGCAUAAAAGCUAACCUUAACUGCAGUGCAGUAAAACUUUACUUUUUAAAGCCCAGAACUACUAAGUGGGAUUUCACUUUUGUCUAGAAGGAUGCAUUUCAAAAUUGUUAAAUGAAGAAAAAUAAGCAGAUUAUCAAAGUACGAUACAAUAUUUGAAGCAGCCUUAGUUAAACUCACAUUUAUAUAGCUGAAUGGCGAAGGUGCAUAAAGAUGGAGGAAUUCAGAUGACAUUGAGCACUAUCCAGAGUUUUUAAACUACGGUGCGUGACAUGGUUCAAUGCACCAAUAAAUCAGCACAAUCUACUUUUUAGUUUUUUUUAAAUUGCAGCCUUCUUGGAGCUAGAAUUGGUAUUGUGUAUACUGUACUAAUGCUGAUAUAAAAAAAUAAAUAGUAAUGGAGAGUA